AGCGCGCGACGCGCACUGGUUGACGUUGUGACUACGGAACGUGCGAACCGAAGUUAAGCCAUGAACAUCUCAGUGCAUCUCGCAGUCGUAGCCGCGGUGUGGCUGUGUCUCGCCGACGCCGCGCCCGACGUGCGGGUAGCGCGGGCCAAGCAGCAGCGGCCUACCCGCGGUUUCAAGAACGUAGAGAUGAUGACCGCCAGGGGGUUCGGGAAACGCGACCGACCCACUACUAGGGCUGAACGGGACGUAAAUCAGCAAAUACCGGCAUCCGAACGCACGCAUCGAGGUACGCCCACAUUUAAAAGUCCCAACGUUGGGAUCGCCCGGGAUUUCGGGAAACGAACCUCCGAAGACCCUGAAGACCAGUACGAAUACGAGGCGCCAGCUCGAAGGAAGUUUAACCCUAAAUCUUCGCUCAUGGUGGCCCCAGACUUUGGCAAAAGGAGCGGUGAUGAUGAAGUGUACGGGCUGGACAACUUCUGGGAAAUGCUCGAAGCGUCGCCCGAGAGGGAGGGUCAAGAUGGCAACGACGAGAAGGCGCUGGAAAGUAUCCCCUUGGAUUGGUUCGUGAAUGAGAUGCUGAACAACCCCGACUUCACGAGGUCCGUCGUACGCAAGUUCGUUGACCUCAAUCAGGACGGCCAGCUGACAUCGGACGAGCUACUCAGAAACGUGGUCUAGGCUAUCACCGUUGUUUUUCUCAGCCAUUAUUUUGUACGCAUAAUUUAUUGUAAGAUAUACGUUUACCUAUUUAUAAGUUACAUUAUCUUUGGAAUUAUGGUACUGUGAUAUGAAAUAACACGGAAAAGUUCGUAUGGAAAAUAUAAAAAAAAAUGUUUAUACGAUUAGUUAAUUCAUUUAUUCUCAAUUGUUAAACGAUAAAUGUUGUAAAUAAUUUUAUUUACACGAUGAUGGCAGAUACAAUUUGUCCACAAUACUCUUUCUAUUUCUUAGACUUAAUUCUAUAAUGUCCUUCAGAACUAGAUCCAUUACAUGAAUGAAGAUUGAAUAUCUGGAUAUUGUAAGAGAUACAAGACUAAAAAUGUAUUUUAAAUGUAAGUCAUUAUCUUGAUGAACUUUGGCAUUGUCCUUCCAUUCAACAGAAAAUAAAAUGUUUAUGAAACU